GGAUUGUUCAGCCUGGACAAGAGAAGGCUCUGGGGAGAUCUAAUUGCGAGUAUUGGUCAUGUGGUUGAUAAUGUUUCUAUGGUUUUCAAGAUCAAAGCUGUGCAACUGGCAGGAAAACUUCUUCCAGCCUUCAACACACCUACGGGUAUACCAUGGGCAAUGGUGAAUCUGAAAAGUGGUGUGGGUCGAAACUGGGGCUGGGCUUCUGCUGGCAGCAGCAUCCUUGCUGAGUUUGGUACUCUGCACAUGGAAUUUGUCCACCUCAGCUAUUUGACAGGGGACCCUGUGUACUAUAACAAGGUCAUGCACAUUCGGAAGUUACUUCAAAAAAUGGAUCGUCCUAAUGGACUUUAUCCAAAUUAUUUGAAUCCAAGAACAGGCCGUUGGGGUCAGCAUCACACAUCCGUGGGCGGGCUGGGAGACAGUUUUUAUGAAUAUUUAUUGAAAGCCUGGCUUAUGUCAGACAAGAUGGACACGGAGGCAAGGAAAAUGUACGACGAUGCAAUUGAGGCCAUAGAAAAACAUCUCAUCAGAAAAUCUAAUGGAGGACUGACCUUCAUCGGGGAGUGGAAGAAUGGGCACCUUGAAAGGAAGAUGGGCCAUUUGACCUGUUUUGCAGGGGGAAUGUUUGCCCUUGGAGCAGAUGGUUCCAGAGAUGAUAAAGCUGGACAUUAUUUGCAACUUGGAGCUGAAAUUGCACAUACGUGUCAUGAGUCGUAUGACAGGACAACAUUAAAGCUGGGUCCAGAAGCAUUCAAAUUUGAUGGUGGUGUAGAGGCGGUGGCAGUGCGGCAGAAUGAGAAGUAUUACAUCCUAAGACCAGAGGUGAUUGAGACCUACUGGUAUAUGUGGAGAUUCACCCACGAUCCCAAGUACAGGCAGUGGGGCUGGGAAGCAAUGCAG